AUAGAGUAGGUUGCGACAAAGUAAAUGUUCUUAUCUGACUUAUAUUUGAAAUUUAAGAGCACUAGAUAUUUUACAAUAAAAAAGACAUUAAUAUAACAAAGAAAUUCAACAUGCAAGAGGAUUCCGAAUUUGUUAUUGUCCUAAAAUAUCCGGAUCCAGAUAUAAAAGUUAUAAAUCCGAAAUUUCAACAUAAAAAGAUUUAUCCCAAAAAAUCUAAAAGUGCAGCAAUUAUAAUAGUCGCAUAAUUUCCAUUCUUUUUGAAUUUCCAAAUUUGUGCGAAUUCGAGCGAGUUUCGAUUGCGGAUUUGCGAACCGCUGCAGAAAUUAUCAGACCCACUCGCGGGUCUGACACUAAUGGCCUGCGAUUUCGAUCUAAUCUGAAAGUUAGUUCGAUCGAGUUGAGUCAUCUUUCCAAGUAGUCAUAGAAACGCGACGUCGCGUCCCGGAAUAGUAGAUUACGAGGGGGUUGAAUCCGUUGAAUGCGUGAUUGUCGCUUUUGGCGAGCCGCAAGGGCCGCAACGCUCGGGACAGUCCGUUUUGCAAUUAGCGUGCGAUCGCGCACGUCGCUCGGAGGGAAUUCGCGAUUUUGGAACCGAUGGAGCGAAAGUAUCAGAGGGUCGGUUUGGGGGUAGGCGCGUUUCACAAUCCCCCGAGAGCGAAAUACAGCGAGGAAACGAAAAAUCUCAUUAGGCUGUUAAUGGAGGAAUCCAAGCUAACGAUGCUGCAGAGGAAAACGAUCCAGGAAGCGGUAGACAAGGGUGAGUCCUUGCCGCCUUCCAUCGACAGGACAAAAAGAGCGAAAGAUAAAGCUGAAGACUAUCAAGUUAAAUUUCCCAGUGCCUGGAGGAGGCGUUCGCAGGAUACAAUUAUAAGCAGCGGCGCCUACGAGAGGGAACAGUACAGGAGGACAGCGCCCUUACCCAACAAGGAGAAACAAAAACGUCACUUGGCGUGCAUGAUGGCUUAUGGGAGGGACAUGCCGGAGACUCCUCACGGUCCCAAAAUCCUUCACAGGGCUAAACGAGAGCCGAAAAUAGCGGAGAACGCGGAUGUUCUGAGUGACUUGGUUCGAGGGAUCCGCGAGAGAAUGGAUUUCUUGCGCGACAUGGAAAGUCUCAGAAUGGGGAAGAAGUAUCGGCCCAUAAUACAGCAGGAGAUAGCGCAGAAAAUACGGCUGAUCGAGUCGCUGGACAGCCAAACGUCCAACGAGCUGCGAAAAGAGAUUUGUCGACUCGAGCACGAAGACAGACCGUCGUCGAAAUUGUUUCCGCUGACUGAACCAGGGGAGAAUUGAAUUCCCUUUUUCAUUAAUGUAAUCUAUACUUGAAUUACGUGGAGUAGAUCGGAUUGUGUGUAUCAAGUAUCAGUCAAUAUUUCUAUCAUAUUUCAAUCGUCGGAUGAGCCACAAAUAAAUUCUACAAACACGAACGUAAAA